CCGUGGCCCCGGACCCAACAUGGCGGAAGAGGAGGUGGCCAAGCUGGAAAAGCACCUGCUGCUUCUCCGCCAGGAGUAUGUGAAGCUGCAGAAGAAGCUGGUUGAUACUGAGAGGAGAUGCAAUCUUCUGGCUGCUGAGGCCAACCAGGACAAUGCCAGUGACACCUUCAUCGCUCGGCUCCUGGCCAUUGUAGCUGAGCUCUAUCAACAAGAGCAGUACAGUGAUCUGAAGAUAAAGGUUGGGGACAGCCACAUCAGUGCUCACAAGUUUGUCUUGGCGGCACGCAGUGAUGCUUGGAGUCUGUCCAACCUGGCCACAACAGAGGAGCUGGAUCUGUCAGAUGCUGACCCAGAGGUAACCAUGGCAAUGCUGCGGUGGAUCUAUACAGAUGACCUAGAGCUAAGGGAAGAUGAUAUCUUCUUGACACAGCUUAUGAAACUAGCUAAUAAAUUUCAGCUCCAUCUGCUUAGGGAAAGGUGUGAGAAAGGAGUCAUGUCUCUAGUCAAUGUCAGGAACUGCAUUCGCUUCUACCAGACUGCUGAGGAGCUGAAUGCUGGCACCCUGCUCAACUACUGUGCUGAGAUCAUUGCCAGUCACUGGGAUGACUUGCGUAAAGAAGACUUCAGCAGCAUGAGUGCUCAGUUAUUGUACAAGAUGUUCAAGUCCAAGACAGAAUAUCCUCUGCACAAGGCUAUUAAAGUUGAGAGAGAAGAUGUGGUCUUUCUGUAUCUCAUUGAAAUGGACUCACAGCUUCCUGGGAAGCUGAAUGAAUUGGAUCACAAUGGAGAUCUUGCUUUGGAUCUAGCCCUUGCCCAAAGAUUGGAGGGUAUUGCAACCACGUUGGUCAACCACAAGGCUGAUGUAGACAGGGCAGACAAGAGAGGCUGGAGUCUGUUACAUAAAGCCAUCCAGAGGGGAGAUAAAUUUGCUGCCAGCUUUCUCGUUAAAAACGGUGCGCGUGUGAAUGCUGCUACCUUGGGAGACCAGGAGACUCCUCUGCACCUUGUGGCAUCCUACAGCCCCAAGAAGCAUUUACCAGAUGUCAUGGGAGAGAUGGCACAGUUAGCAGAGUCCCUCCUUCAGGCAGGAGCCAAUCCAAACAUGCAGGACAGCAAAGGAAGGACCCCGCUGCAUGUAUCCAUUGUGGUCAGGAAUGAACCUGUCUUCAGUCAGCUUCUGCAGUGCAAACAACUAGACUUGGAGCUGAAGGAUCAUGAAGGAAGCACAGCUCUGUGGCUGGCAGUUCAGUAUAUCACCAUGUCAUCAGACCAGUCUGUGAACCCCUUUGAAGAUGCCCCUGUCAUAAAUGGGACCUCCUUUGAUGAGAACAGCUUUGCAGCAAGGCUGAUCCAACGAGGCAGCAAUACAGAUGCUCCAGAUACAGUGACAGGAAACUGCUUGCUUCAGAGGGCAGCUGGUGCAGGAAAUGAGGCAGCUUCUCUCUUCCUAGCAACUCAUGGAGCAAGAGUCAACCACCAAAACAAAUGGGGGGAAACACCACUGCACACAGCCUGCAGGCGUGGCCUGGCAAACCUGACAGCAGAACUUCUGCAGCAAGGAGCCAAUCCCAACAUCCAGACAGCAGAAGCAGCUCUUGGGCAGAAGGACACAUCUUCUCCAAUAGCAGAGAAUGUUUACCUGCAAACUCCCCUCCACAUGGCUAUUGCUUACAACCACCCAGAUGUGGUCACGGUCAUCCUGGAGCAGAAAGCAAAUGCUCUUCAUGCAACCAACAAUUUGCAAAUCAUUCCUGACUUCAGUCUGAAGGACUCAAGAGACCAGACUGUGCUGGGGUUGGCUCUUUGGACAGGCAUGCACACAAUAGCAGCUCAGCUGCUGGGCUCGGGGGCCUCCAUCAACGACACCAUGUCAGACGGACAGACUCUGCUCCACAUGGCCAUACAGAGACAGGACAGCAAGAGUGCACUCUUCCUGCUAGAACACCAGGCAGAUAUCAAUGUCAGAACGCAGGAUGGAGAGACUGCCCUGCAGCUGGCCAUAAAGAACCAGCUCCCGCUCGUGGUUGAUGCCAUCUGCACCAGGGGAGCAGACAUGUCUGUGCCAGAUGAGAAAGGAAAUCCUCCUUUAUGGCUGGCCUUAGAAAAUAACCUGGAAGAUAUUGCAUCAACUCUGGUCAGGCAUGGCUGCGAUUCAACCUGUUGGGGGUCAGGACCAAGUGGCUGCUACCAAACCCUUCUGCACAGAGCCAUCGAUGAGAACAGUGAGCAAAUUGCCUGCUUUCUUAUUCGCAGUGGCUGUGAUGUGAAUAGUCCCAGGAAGCCAGGCCCAAAUGGAGAAGGAGAAGAGGAAGCCCACGAUGGACAGACACCUCUGCACUUGGCAGCCUGCUGGGGUCUGGAAGAGGUGAUCCAGUUCCUUCUGGAGUUUGGUGCUAAUGUUAAUGCUCAGGAUGCAGAGGGAAGGACUCCAAUCCACGUUGCCAUUAGCAACCAACAUAAUGUUAUCAUUCAGCUGAUGAUUUCCCACCCAGACAUUAAGCUGAAUGUCCGUGACAGGCAGGGGAUGACUCCCUUUGCCUGUGCCAUGACCUACAAAAACAACAAAGCAGCUGAAGCUAUUUUGAAGAGGGAACCAGGAGCUGCUGAGCAGGUUGACAACAAAGGCCGAAACUUCCUCCACAUGGCUGUGCAGAACUCAGACAUUGAGAGUGUGCUGUUCCUGAUCAGUGUCCAGGCCAACGUCAACUCCCGGGUGCAGGAUGCCUCCAAGCUCACCCCUCUGCACCUGGCUGUGCAGGCUGGCUCGGAGAUCAUCGUGCGGAACCUGCUGCUCGCAGGUGCCCAGGUGAACGAACUGACUAAGCAUCGUCAGACUGCUCUGCACUUAGCAGCCCAGCAAGACCUGCCCACAAUUUGUUCAGUCCUCCUGGAGAACGGAGUAGACUUUGCAGCUGUAGAUGAAAAUGGCAAUAAUGCUCUUCACCUGGCAGUGAUGCAUGGCCGAUUAAACAACAUCCGGGUCCUGCUCACAGAGUGCAACGUAGAUGCAGAAGCCUUCAACAUUAGAGGCCAGUCACCAAUGCAUAUUUUGGGCCAAUAUGGGAAGGAUAAUGCAGCAGCAAUCUGUGACCUCUUCCUGGAGUGUAUGCCAGAAUACCCUCUAGACAAACCUGAUGCUGAAGGAAACACAGUGCUGCUGCUGGCUUACAUGAAGGGAAAUGCCAACCUGUGUCGGGCAAUAGUGAGAGCUGGGGCAAGGCUCGGAGUCAACAACAAUCAAGGAGUCAACAUCUUCAACUACCAAGUUGCCACAAAACAACUUCUCUUCAGGCUCCUGGAUAUGCUGACAAAAGAACCUCCCUGGUGUGAUGGCUCCAACUGCUAUGAAUGCACUGCCAAAUUUGGAGUCACAACAAGGAAGCAUCACUGCCGACACUGUGGACGCCUGCUCUGCCAUAAGUGCUCAACAAAGGAGAUUCCUAUCAUCAAAUUUGAUCUGAACAAGCCAGUUCGAGUUUGCAACAUCUGCUUUGAUGUCCUGACUCUGGGAGGAGUCUCCUAGUACACUCUGGAGGUGAAGGGAUUCCUGGUCAGUGCUCCUGACAGCAGCUCUGCUUAUAAGCCCUCUGGAUAGGGAAGAGGAGGCCUAUACAUCUCGUCUGCAAUAGACUGAACUCAUUAAAAACCCUGUUAUGAUAUAUUCUGGCAUAAAUGACUUUGUAAAUAGAUUGGGCUGUGAUAGACUUCACUAGGAGAUCCAGUGGAUCCUCAAAACCAAGUGACAAAAGAAUUUUAGACCCUCUUCUAGUCACGGUGGGGUAUGGAAGCUAAAACUGGUCAGGCUGGAGUUGGAAUAGACAUCAGAUAGGUUUGUUCUUAACAUGGUGCUUUGCACUGAGCAGCUCUGAGUCCUGUGGUUUUCAGGCUGCUUAGAGGUGGCAUUAAGCUGCAGGGUAACCAGGUAUGUGUCUGCUUUGUCUCAGAGAAAUGUUCCCUUGCUGUAGAGAAGACUCCUCAUGGAGCUAGACCGCUGUACGUGUCAAGAGGGGCAGUUACAAGCAUAGCUCCAGAAUUGUGGCCUUAAACCAGAAAGCUUUACACCAGCUGAUGCAAAGCAGCCAGAAAUGCAGAUCCACAUCUUGAUACCUCCUCAGUACAUGUCUCACUAGUUUUAGCAUGUUCAAAAGAAGUGCAGGAUUGUUUGUAGCCAGUGAGUGCUCUUGCUAGGCUGCAGCUCAGCUAGAGCUGUCCAAGUCUACCUUGUUGCUCUCCAUAUUUGCUAGUCCUUCCUUGUGUGACCAAACUGGAGUGUGCUGAAAGGCCUGAGCAGGUGCUGAGGUGCCCAAGCACUGCAGCUGGUGAAGUUGGUUCACUCAAUGUAGCAAUAAAUGCUGAAGUGCAUUAUCAGUCCCCAUGAAGGAGAGCAGCACUUUCCUGUGGCUCAGACUCUGGUCAGUAACCUGCUGGUGUAGAUUGGGUUGAAGUUUGGGUGCAUUUUCAGCAGGAUUGCUGGUGAGUGGGGUUGUAGGCUUCCUGUUAAGAGGGAGCCUGUGGCCUUGAAGGAAGGCUUCUGAACAGAAGUAUAGUGCCAGGCAUUUGGGUAAAGCUGCAGGCUGGUUGCACUGUUAAAUAUGCUGAAUCUGGGACAGAUCCAACACCACCUUGCUAGGGAAUAGGGAAGUACUCUGCUGGUAGACAAGGUAAUGAUUUGGUGGGUACAGGCUUCAGUCAGGAAAGGUGUGUACUUAAAACUACAUGGCAUGGUAAGGCUGGCUCCAUCCCUGGGGGAUGAACCUAGCUUGGACUCAGCUUGGCAUUCCUCAUCUCUGCUGCUGAACUGCUCUGCAUCUAUUUAAGGACUGUUAUCUCUUGUUCAGCGUGGACAAGUGGGUGACACAUUGCCCUGCUUGGCACAGCGGCUUGUCAGCCUCACAGAGCAGGAGAGGUGAUAAACCAGGCUGCUGCUUAGGAGGGAGACUUGUUUGAGGUGUUUCUCAAAGUUGUAGAAGCAAAGGAUAGGAGAGGGUGUAACUGCUGCCAUUUGCACAAGGAGUUUCACAUCAAGUCUCCCUUGACCUGCACUUUGAUCUUCCACUGUGGAUAUAUUGUGACUGGAAUCUCACCCUUCUAACACUGGAGAAGAAUGGGUGCUGAUACAGAUUGGCCUCACUGCUCAAUGUCUGCUGCUGCCAUGUCC